GAAAGUUGUCCGCUAGCCUCUGAGAUGGUUGGCAUCGAGGGAAAAAAAUAUCUGAACUGGAAACGUUGAAGGCUAUACCAUUUGGACAUCCUACUCUUUUCGAAAACGGUAAAAGUCCAGGAAGUCCGUGCGAUCUGGCAACUUUCAUGAGCCGCCUGUCAACCCUGUCCCGUGCGAUUUGCUGCACAUUGUUCUAAAACAACCCAGCCGGAAAAGCCGUUUCAGGAGGCUAUCCUAUCUAUAUGCGAUUCAGAUGUGAGACACCCAACUCGAGGUUGUGUUUCAGGCAAUAGGCGCUACUCAGGCCGAUCAUCCGAGUUUCCACGCGAUCUGAAAUAGAACCCUCCAGGCAGCCCACAACUCACGCAUUCCCCAUUCCGCACACGCACACAGGCAGCUCUUCUAAUCUCGGAAACGUUGUCUGGCUGGCUCCAACCGAAGCGCAUUGGCCAAAGAGAAAGCACAAGGGGAUCGAGGAGGUCGAGAGGCUAGGCGAGAUUCGGGUUUCGAUCGGCGGGCAGGGGCAAGCAGAGGGAGACAGGUAGGCAGCAGGGACAGCUAGCGAUGGCGAUGGCACAGCACGGAGGCACCGAGGCUCUGGCUGCCGAACUGGCCACGGCCGUCGACCUGAUCAUGCACCCGCUGACCCAACAACAGGCCCGCCUGGAGGCGUACAUGGCCUGCGAGCGGUUCAAGGAGGAGUCACCGCUGUGCGCACAGGUGGGCCUGUUCCUGGCCAGUUCGCCGCAGUCCAAUCAGCAGGUGCGGCACUUCGGGCUGCAGCUGAUCGAGUACACAAUCAAGUUCCGCUGGAACUGCAUCACGCACGAGGAGAAGGUGUACAUCAAGGACAAUGCCAUCAAGAUGCUGAAUGUGGGCGUGGGCCCGGCGGAGGACCGCUCGCUGCUGCCCACGAAGGACGCGCUCUCGCGCAUCAUCGUCGAGAUGAUCAAGCGCGAGUGGCCGCAGCAGUGGUCCGACCUACUGCCGGAGCUGAGCCAGGCCUGCACCAAGGGCGAGGCGCAGACGGAGCUGGUGUUGCUCGUCUUCCUGCGCCUGGUAGAGGACGUGGCUCUGCUGCAGACAAUUGAGUCGAACCAGCGGCGCAAGGACAUGUACCAGGCUCUGAACAACAACAUGAACGACAUCUUCGAGUUCUUCCUGCGCCUGGUGGAGCAGCACGUAACCGCAUUCCGCGAAACGACGCGACAGUGCAACUUUACCAAGGCCAACGCGCACAGCCGGGUCGUCGAAAUGGUUCUGCUCACGCUGAGCGGCUUCGUCGAGUGGGUCAGCAUCCAGCACAUCAUGUCCAGCAACGGCAAGCUGAUGCACUUUCUCUGCAUUCUGCUAAACGACAAAGCAUUCCAGUGCAACGCGGCCGAGUGCCUGGCCCAGAUCACGAACCGCAAGGGCCAGGCCAAGGAGCGCAAGCCGCUGCUGCAGCUAUUCAACGAGGAGCCGCUGCGCUACAUCUACCAGGCCAGCCAGAUCCCGCCCGACUCUGGCUCCGCGCUGGCCAUUGAGCAGCACCACAACUUCCUCAAGAAAUUGCUGCAGGUGCUCAACGGCAUGGCCCAGCAGCUGGUCGCGCUCUGGGGCAAGGACGACGCCACGCAGCGACCAGUGCACCUCGAAGUCCUGCUCGAAUGCCUCCUGCUUCUCGUUCAGCACCAAUCGCUCACCGUCUCCCAUGGAGCGGCGCUUAUCUGGCAGCUGCUGCUGAAGCACGAGCCCUGCUCCAAGGACUUUGCCACGGUCAACUACAUUCCCAAGCUGAUCCACACGAUUGCGCCCAGGAUCGUAAAGCUGCCAUAUCCUGCCUCUACUAGCUCGCCUGCCAGCCUCUCCACGGAGGCCUACAUUCGACUAGAGUACGACAGCGAGGAGGAGUUCGCGCUCUACUUCUUCCGCUGCCGGACCGACUUUCUUGAGAUCUUCCGCCUGGCCACGCUGGUGCAGCCACUGGUCACCUACGGCUACUGCGAACAGUGGCUGCAGCAACGCCUGCGUAACGCGGUGGCCGAAGCGGACGCGGAGUCCAAGAGCGGCAACGUGUCGUGCAGCGUACUGGAUCCCGUAUACCUGGAAUGGGAUGCACUGGUGAGUGUAUUGGAUGGGGUCCUAAGUCGUAUCCUGCUCGUGGCGGAGCGACCCUCGGUGCCGGCGGGGCUGCGGCUGCUGGAAGAGUGCCUCAAACUGGAGACAAUCAACCCGCUGAUCUACUCAAUCCUGCUCUCCUGCAUUUCGGCGCUGUUCGUCUUCCUCAGCAUGUCCGCGUGCCAAAUAACGGCCACCAACUGCGUGGCCAUGAGCGGCGUCAGUCUGCUGCCACGGGUGCUGGACAAGAUCUUUCGAGCGCUAGUGCUGAAACCACCCAAUGAGCUGGAAAAGGUGCAGGCUAAGUCGGCGAAAAACCUUCGUCGUCACGCCGCCUCGCUGCUGGUGAAGCUGGCUCACAAGUACCCGCUGCUGCUGCUGCCCGUCUUCGAGCAAAUCAACGGGCACGUGGAGCUAUUGCUCAAGGAGCCUGGCCAGCACCAGCUGUGCCGUCUCAUGCGCACCACGUUGCAGGAAGCCCUGAUUCUCAUAUCGAACCACUUCUGCGAUUUUGAGCGCCAGACUCUCUUCAUCGAGCACAUCGUGCAGGACAAGCGGACCGAGUGGCUGGCCUUCGGGGAUGCGCUCAAGUCGCCGCUGGACUUCAUGAGCUUCGUGGGUCUGGACAAGCCUCCCAUCUUUGCCGUGGAGGGAGCUGUCACGCUCCAAAACCGUUCGCGCCUUCUGGACGCCCUGCAUGUGGUGCUGGGCGUGGUCAAGCGGUGCACCUGGCCAGAUGACCCGGACCGAGCCCAGCGCGGAGGCUUUGUCAUCGGCUGCACGGAGCUGGGCAACCCCAUUUGCCGAAAUCCGGCCACCAAGCACGUCGUGCCACUGCUCUCGCAUGUGCUGAGCCUGAUGCGUGUGCUCAACGAGCUGUUUGCCCCCGAGGCGCUACUCGCUCUGUCCGAGGGAUACCGCGGAAUCCACGGCAUGCUGGAGCACGAGAAGAAGCUGCUGAUGGGCAUUUGCGCCCUGCCCACCGACCCGCUGGACACCACCAUCCGCAGGGAGCCGACUGCAUUUGAGAAGAUGCAGACUUUCAUGAUGAUGGUAACUGAGGGCUGUUACCAUCUGAUGGGCUCCGCAGGCCCGUCGCUUGGACGCGACUUAUACCAACUUCUGGGCCUGUCCGACGCCAUCGUGACGAAUGUGUUCAGCCGAAUGGAUUUGGUGCCCGACUACCGACUGCGCCCGAUCAUACGCGUCUUCUUCAAGCCCUUUGUCUACUCGUGCCCGCCCAGCUUCUACGACAGCGUCCUUGUGCCUCUCUUCGCGCACCUGGCGCCAUUGAUGUGCGAUCGACUAACGCGCCGCUGGCUUUACAUCGCCUCGCUCUACGAAAGCGGGCAGCUCAACGGCGAGGUCAACGACACGCAGGAGGUUUUGGAGGAUCAGCUCAAUCGAACGCUGACGCGCGAGUACCUGGACGUGCUGAAGAUCGCGCUGGUUGGCGGCCAGAUUGGGGCCGAUCAUGUGGCGGCUGGCGCCAACGCCAACAGCAACUCGGUGGCCAUGGAGAACGAGGAACACUCAAUGGACAGCGCCCCGCAGUCGCGAGCAAGCCAGUCGGCUUUGCUGUCCGACAUUAUCAGCGACUUGGGCGGCAAGCUGCUGCGCAACGGACUCAUCGGCAACUACGUGCUCAUGACCCUGCUGAAGGCCAUCGCCUGGAACGACGGCAUGUGCAGCAUGAAGGCAGUGAACAUCGCGGCGCCCGUGAUGCGCUUCCUGGCCGCCGAGAAGCUAAUGGACGAGAAUAAGGCUGUCACGGCCUUCACUGCCGUCCUGCAGGGCAUGCAGGUGCACGGUCAGCAUGAGGCCAACCAAUCCGGCCUUGUAACGCUGGGCGUACAGUUCUACGAGCUUCUGCGGCCGCAGUUCCCCAUCCUCAGCGAAGUGCUGCAGCACAUACCCAGCGUGAACGCGGCCGACAUCCAGAAGUUCGACGAGAAGAUCGCAGUGGCGCCCGUCAAGGGCAACAAGGUGGACCGCGCAAAGAAGGACAUAUUUAAGAAGCUCACCGCCCAGUUGGUCGGACGUAGCGUAAACCAGUUGUUCCGACAUGAGGUGCAGAUCGCCAACUUGCCGCCCAUGCAGUCGCACAAGGCCAAGGGAGCCAUGGGCACAACCGCCGACAUUAUGGACAGCAAUCAGAACGCCAGUCUGGCCCGGCUCUUUGGCCCGGAGAAGUGACAGGGACCGCAACAGGAGCAGGACCAAAAGCAGAGACACACACAGAAACAAAGGAGCAGAAGGAGGCGUCGCAGCCGAGGCGGCGCCACCAGCGACCAGGCCUCGGUCUUGGUCGAGGACCAGGAUCAGGAGGAUCACGUCGAGACCACGGCCACCUCAGCUGCCAAACUAGCGACGACUGAACUUAAAGUAAUUGUAAACUAGCUUAGACGAUGAGCCCGCGCUGUAGCAGGAACCGCAUCUCACGUCCACGACCUCGCCCGUGCCCAUGCCCAUGACCCAGUCCCACACCCAGUCCCAGUACCCAGUACCCAGACCCAGUUUCAAUCAGAUCUUAAAGUUAUUAAUUUAUUUAUUUUACAAACUAAAUUAACACCCGCACGUAACACUUUUUUAUUAGUCUUCCGCGGCCAUCGCUUCGUUUCGAUCCAAACCGUUUCCUCUGCAGGAAAGUGGUGACUCGCGACUUGUUACUGCUUUGUUAUUUAUUAUUCGGAAUUUGUUAAACUUGUUUGCACAAAAAAAAAGUAGAAUCGAUAAUUGUCAAUACUCUCCCUAAAUCGCCCCGAUCCCUUGGCCCCGCAGCAUCGCCAGAAGCCCUUUUUAUACAUAGUUAAAUAAUUAAUUAAUCAAUUGUGCUUUUCCCGGUUUUGUAUAGUUACCUAUGCGCAGGCAUACUGUAAUUUAUAUAUAUGUACACAUUUAUCCUUUGGAGAAACAUUUCUGAAAUUACGCUUAGGCUUAGUUGAUAGGCAAAGAGUUAUUAUUAUAUAAUACAUCAAUCUGUAUAUGAACACACAUCCCGCAUCGCAUAUGCAUUACCCUAAAAACCCCCACAAACACACAUCGGGAUUCUAAGAAUUAUAGUUGCGUGAGUAUGUAAUAUUCAAACUGAAAUUAUAUACUACUAUUUAUAACUAAAUGAAAUCGAAGCGGAAAAUUUCGCAAAAACACAAAAUCGAAAUAAGUUAAUAAAUUUGAAAUAAAUUUACAAAUUCGACAUGAUAUAGA